GGGCAGCGAAGGGCCAUGGGUUAUAUAUAUACACAUAGCCUUUAUUCUGGACCGUAACCUGAGCGAGCUGCCUAAAGAGCCCCCAGCGCUGCCUGAGACAGACCGGAGACCGAGAAAGCUAACAUCAUGUGUGACGAUGAAGAGACCACCGCACUUGUUUGUGACAAUGGCUCCGGGCUUGUAAAAGCUGGAUUCGCUGGAGAUGAUGCCCCAAGAGCAGUAUUUCCAUCUAUCGUUGGGCGUCCCCGUCACCAGGGUGUCAUGGUUGGUAUGGGUCAGAAAGACUCCUAUGUAGGUGAUGAGGCUCAGAGCAAGAGGGGCAUCCUGACUCUGAAAUAUCCAAUUGAACAUGGGAUCAUCACUAACUGGGAUGAUAUGGAGAAGAUCUGGCAUCACACCUUCUACAAUGAGUUGCGUGUGGCCCCAGAAGAACACCCUACAUUGCUCACUGAGGCUCCAUUGAACCCCAAGGCCAACCGGGAAAAGAUGACCCAAAUCAUGUUUGAGACCUUCAACGUCCCAGCUAUGUAUGUUGCGAUCCAGGCAGUGCUUUCUCUUUAUGCUUCCGGCCGUACCACUGGUAUUGUGCUGGACUCUGGUGAUGGUGUAACCCACAAUGUCCCCAUUUAUGAAGGUUAUGCUUUGCCACAUGCAAUUAUGCGCCUUGACUUGGCUGGUCGUGACUUAACUGACUAUCUGAUGAAGAUCCUUACAGAGCGUGGUUAUUCUUUUGUUACAACUGCUGAACGUGAAAUUGUCCGUGAUAUCAAGGAAAAACUGUGCUAUGUAGCUCUAGACUUUGAGAAUGAGAUGGCCACUGCUGCCUCCUCUUCCUCCUUAGAGAAGAGCUAUGAGCUGCCUGAUGGGCAAGUCAUCACAAUUGGUAAUGAGCGUUUCCGUUGCCCAGAGACUCUCUUUCAGCCAUCCUUUAUUGGUAUGGAGUCUGCUGGUAUUCAUGAGACAACCUACAACAGCAUCAUGAAGUGCGACAUUGAUAUCAGGAAGGACUUGUAUGCGAACAAUGUAAUGUCUGGUGGAACCACCAUGUACCCAGGUAUUGCUGAUUGUCACUCACGCAUGGCAAAAGAGUUUAAAGAUCUUUGUUUUGCCUCACAGAUCAUUGCUCCACCUGAGCGAAAGUACUCAGUUUGGAUUGGGGGCUCCAUUUUGGCUUCUCUGUCUACCUUUCAGCAAAUGUGGAUCACCAAACAGGAAUAUGAUGAAGCUGGUCCAUCCAUUGUCCACCGCAAAUGCUUUUAAAUUUAUUUUUUGUCUCUGGUUAAAAGGAUUUACAAAAUGUUUAAAAAGCCAUCUAACUUUACAGAUAACAAUACCUGUCAUUGUUGCCACAAAAUGAUGCUAAAAAUGUAAAGUGUACAUAAAUUAUAAUUUAUUUCAGUGUUUUACAAUUUGGAAAACAAUGCACAGAAGCAAAAGAAUGUCACAAUGCAAUAAAUUAGUAAAGUAUG